GCAUAUCGAUCGAUUGCUGUGUGUGUGUGAGUCUGUGUUCGGACGAGUUUGUUUAUCAACACGGAACGUAUACACGCACACCGUCAACGCUCCUUCCCGGCGUUUGAUCGAAGGGCUGUGUGCUGUGUUAUAUCACGCAAAGUAACGCUGCUGGUUGCUCUGUUUUCGGUGAAAGUUUCCCCCACACCGUGUCGGUAGUCACCUGCUGGUUGUGGCCGUGUUGUGCACCACACACAGAUGGUUGGAAUUAUUAGUUCCGGUGUGUGCCGCGUGUCCGUCACCGCCACGACACUUCUGUUUCGGGAGUUUGUGCGAAAGGCGAAAGUACGCGGCACGGCGCUGAAUUUUUCGCUAGCUUCAGCAGCUGCAGUAGGAGGUGGUGGCGGCAUUCGCCGGAAGCUGGAACGAGUGGCCGGCAGUGCGGGGUUGAUUAUGGGCGCUAGCAGCAGUGUCCUUCCGAGGAGUUUGAUUUGGAACUCGAAGCGAGACAAAUCAUCCACUGGAGAAACGGACCAGCAUCAAACGCCACUGACCAUGGAGAAGAAAGAGGAACUGGUGGCAAAGCUCACACCUUUGCAGUAUCACGUCACGCAGGAAGCCGGCACGGAGCGACCCUUCACCGGAAAGUAUAACAAAUUCUACGAAAAGGGCACCUACAUCUGUGUCGUGUGCAGCCAGGAACUGUUCAGCUCGGAAACGAAGUACGAUUCCGGUUGCGGUUGGCCAGCAUUCAACGACGUGCUCGAUCAGGGCAAGGUGACACUGCACAAAGAUCCCAGCAUUCCCGGGGGUAAUAUCCUAUUGUUGAUCACACAACCAGGCCGCGUGCGGACGGAGGUACGAUGCUCGAAGUGUGCUGCACACAUGGGACACGUGUUUGAAGAUGGGCCACCACCGACCCGGAAGCGUUACUGCAUCAACUCGGCGUCGAUCGAGUUUAUGCCCGCCGGAUCCGAGCGCAAGGACGGUACGAGCUAGGCUGAAUCCCGGCGUUCCAACUCCACGGAGUUGCUAGGAGGAGGGCCCAGAAGAGGAUGCUGGACAGUUUAGGGAUGGUUUACAAGUGUAAACUAUCUUAAAUGAGCUUUUACGAGCGACCUGCUGUUUCAUGCGGAUGAAGUCAGGAUGGGCAGGAGAUAAUGGAUUGUGCCGUUCCGUGUCGUCAUAGCCAGCAGGAGCGGAUAAUCGGAAGUCGAACGUGUAUGUGUGUGUUGUGUGUGCCUAUUUAUUGAAGGAUUACUCGAUCAAGUGUAAACGACAUCCUGCAUGUUCUGGUUUUGCCUACAAUUUACUCGUUUGUGAAGGAGGAACAGCGUUUUGCGUGGAAAUGUUUUCUUACGUUGUUUAUUUGAUCGCUGAAUCAAUUUAGUCAAGAAGCAUGCUUCCGAUAGUGUAAGAAUUCCAAUCCCAGAAAAAAAUGAAUGAGCAGGCGAUUAAUAUGCGCUCGCAAAAUGGUAAAACAAAAUAUGAAGCAGCUACCAGCUUCUGGUACAAAUAAAAUAUAACUGAUGUUAUGAAAACAGUCAAA